AUAAAUCUUCAUGAUGUUUAAAUUUUGGUGCAACAAAUAAUGAAGAGAUCAUAUAUACCCAAGUGCAUGUUUGAACCAUUAUUAUUUGGAAUAUAAAUUUAAAACAUUAAAAAUGGGUGAUAUUGCGACAACAAGCUUUCUGCAUCUAGGGGACAUCGUGUCUCUGUAUGCAGAAGGCAAUGUUUGUGGAUUUUUGAGCACUCUCGGAUUGGUCGAUGAUAGAACUGUUGUCUGUCCUGAAGCAGGAGAUCUUGGAAACCCUCCCAAAAAAUUUAGAGAUUGUUUGUUUAAAAUAUGUCCUAUGAAUCGAUAUUCUGCUCAAAAACAAUUUUGGAAAGCUGCUAAACAAAGUGCAAGUGCAAACACUGAUGCAAAUUUAUUGAAAAGAUUACAUCAUGCAGCUGAGAUAGAAAAAAAGCAAAAUGACACAGAAAACAAAAAGCUUCUUGGAUCCGUAGUGCAAUAUGGCAGUGUUGUGCAAUUACUUCAUCUCAAAUCUAACAAAUUUCUUACGGUCAACAAAAGAUUACCAGCGUUGUUAGAAAAAAAUGCAAUGAGAGUAUAUCUUGAUGCUAAUGGCAAUGAAGGUUCUUGGUUUUACAUUUUACCAUUUUAUAAACUAAGAGCUACUGGUGAUAAUGUUGUUGUCGGUGAUAAAGUGAUUUUAAAUCCAGUCAAUGCUGGUCAACAAGUUUUGCAUGUGGCAGCAAAUUAUGAACUACCAGAUAAUUUGGGAUGCAAAGAGGUGAAUGUGGUAAAUUCCUCAACAUCAUGGAAAGUGACUUUAUUUAUGGAACAUAAAGAAAACCAAGAUGAAAUUCUCAAAGGUGGAGAUGUUGUCAGAUUAUUUCAUGCUGAACAAGAGAAAUUUUUGACAAUGGAUGAGUAUAAGAAGUUCCAGCAUGUGUUUCUGCGAACAACUGGAAGAACUAGUGCAACUGCUGCAACUAGUAGUAAAGCUUUGUGGGAAAUUGAGGUUGUUCAGCAUGAUCCUUGCAGAGGAGGUGCAGGACAUUGGAAUUCUAUAUUCCGUUUCAAACACCUUGCGACUGGUCAUUAUUUAGCUGCGGAAAUCGAUUCUGUAUCAAAUGAAGAACAGAAAAAUAAUAGCGAAGAUAGUUUAGCUGUCGAAACAAGUGUUGAUGCUAACACAUUAUAUCAUCUGAUAUCUGUGCCGCACUCUACUGAUAUUGCAUCGUUGUUUGAACUUGAUCCAACAACUAUGACAAGAGCAGAUUCUUUAGUGCCUCAAUCCAGUUAUGUUCGGCUGCAUCACAUUUGUACAAAUACCUGGGCUCAUUCUACUUCUAUACCCAUCGACAAGGAUGAUGAAAAGCCUGUGAUGUCAAAAGUUGGUUGUGCCAUAGUUAAAGAAGAUAAAGAAGCAUUUGCUUUGAUCUCCGUUUCUCCAGUUGAAGUACGUGAUUUAGAUUUUGCUAAUGAUGCUUGCAAUGUUUUGUCAGCAAUGUCUGUAAAACUAGAAACUGGAACAAUAUCUCAUAAUGAAAGAAGAGCCGUAACUGCUCUAUUACAAGAUAUAGUUUACUUCAUUGCGGGAAUGGAAAAUGAGCAAAAUAAAUCAGAAGCAUUAGAAUUAAGUGUAGCAAAUCCUAAUCGUGAUAGGCAAAAGUUACUUAGAGAACAAUAUAUUUUAAAACAACUAUUUAGAAUAUUACAGGGACCGUUCUUACCUUCGGCGGACGGGUCAGCACCAUUUUUGAAAAUUGAGGAACUUAAUGAUCCUCGUCAUGCACCUUAUAAAUAUAUUUUUAGACUGUGUUAUAGAAUAUUACGCUUGAGUCAACAGGAUUACAGAAAAAAUCAGGAACAUAUAGCUAAACAUUUUGCAUUUAUGCAAAAACAAAUUGGUUAUGAUAUAUUAGCUGAAGAUACCAUUACUGCUCUUCUUCAUAACAAUCGCAAAUUAUUGGAGAAGCACAUCACAGCAGCAGAAAUUGAAACAUUUGUUGGGCUGGUUCGAAAAAACAAACACAAUUGGGAAUCUCGUUUUUUAGAUUAUUUAUCAGAUCUGUGCAUUUCAAAUAAAAAGGCUAUUGCUGUGACGCAGGAAUUGAUCUGCAAAAGUGUACUUAGCACAAAGAAUUCAGACAUAUUGAUUGAAACAAGCUUGGUGAAAAAGGACAAAUCCUUUGUUAAAAAAAGUGGAAACAAAACUAGUUCUGAAGCAAUUAAUGAAGAUACUGAUAUUGUUUUAGCUUGGAAUAAUGGAGCAAAAUCUAUGCCAUUGUGUGAAAUAUCAUGCGGAUCUAAACAGGGUAAUCGGGAGUAUGAAUCUAUGCUUCAUUACUAUCGACAUCAGCUUAAUUUGUUUUCAAAUAUGUGCUUAAAUAGGCAAUAUUUAGCUUUAAAUAAUUUAUCACAUUUGGACAUUGACCUAAUUUUAAGGUGUAUGUCUGAUGAAAUGGUGCCAUAUGAUCUGCGUGCUUCCUUUUGUCGACUCAUGUUACAUCUUCAUGUAGAUCGAGAUCCUCAAGAACAAGUUACUCCAGUUAAAUAUGCUCGAUUGUGGUCCGAAAUUCCGACAAAAAUGUCUAUACAUGAUUAUGAUAAUAAUAAAUCUUCAGAUCAAAAUAAAGAAGCUGUUCAAGCACGAUUUAGUACAACAAUCAUGUUUGUUGAGGAUUAUCUGUGUAAUGUUGUAGCAAAAAUGUGGUCUUUUGUUGAUAAAGAUCAGAAUAAAUUAACAUUUGAGGUUGUGAAAUUGGCAAGAGACUUAAUAUACUUUGGAUUCUAUAGCUUUAGUGACUUACUUAGACUUACAAAAACUUUGCUAAGUAUCUUAGAUUGUGUUUCUGAAACAGAUGCACCAGACGGCCUUGUUUCUUCGGGAGAAGUGGAUUCGGAGGGUGGUGUUUUAAGAAGCAUUGGCGACAUGGGAGCAGUUAUGACUUCAUUGGCACUCGGACCAGCAAGUCGAGAAUCUGUGUCGCCAAUAUCAGGAAUUCAACAACGAAAAUCAGCUUCACAGUUAAUGAAGGAUUAUCCAUUGGUCAUGGAUACUAAAUUGAAAAUUAUUGAAAUAUUACAGUUUAUAUUAGAUGUACGAUUGGAUUAUCGUAUUAGUUGCUUGCUAUCAAUUUUCAAAUGCGAAUUUGAUGAAACUGAGCGAUCUUCAGUUGAUGCAGUAUUAUUUAGGCAAAAGAGUAUAGAUCUUGAAACUAUUGGAAGUCAAGCAGAGGGAAUAUUUGGAAGCAGUGAGGACAGCGCAGCAUUGGAUCUUGAUGGGCGAGGUGGAAAGACUUUCCUUCGAGUUCUUCUACAUUUAACAAUGCACGAUUAUCCAUCUGUCGUUUCUGGAGCUCUGCAUCUACUUUUUAGACAUUUCAGUCAACGACAAGAAGUUCUUCAAGCUUUUCGACAAGUUCAAUUGUUGGUUUCGGACAGCGACGUAGAAUCUUAUAAACAAAUUAAAUCCGAUUUGGACGUGUUGCGUCAAAGUGUAGAAAAAUCUGAAUUAUGGGUUUAUAAAUCUAGAUGCGUCGAAGAACAUGGUACUAAUGUCGGAGGAAAAAAUCAAACUAAAGAAGAAGAUGAUGAUGCAGUUUCACCACAUCCAACAAAGUUUUUGACAAAAUCGGAUAAGAAAUGUUCAUCUAUAGAUUUGGAGCUGGGACCUCCGUUACAUCCUGAACAAGCAGAGGAAUAUAAAAAGAUACAACAGAUUCUUAUUCGCAUGAAUAAACUUUGUACUCAAACUCAGAAUGGUGGUUUUGUGAAACCACGUAAACAUGAACAGCGUCUUCUUCUUCGUAAUGUAGGUGUUCACACCGUUGUAUUGGAUCUACUUCAAAUUCCAUAUGAUGAAAAGAAGAUACUAGGAUGA